AGGGAGGAGAGCCUAGGGGCCACCGCCGCUGUCUCCCGACUCCUCCGUCGCUUUCCUGUGGCGGCAGCGGCUGCUGCGCGGCGGGGCGAGGGCCGCCCUCCCCCGUCAGCCGCGGCGGGUGGAGCGGCGGCAGCAGCAGCAUGAGCGGCAGCGGCGCUGUCCGGAGUACAGCGGUGAGGGCACGGGUGGCAGCGCGGCUGCUGGCGGUGCUCGGCUGCGUCGUGACAGCUAAGGCCCAGCUCACAGGAGUCCUAGAUGAUUGUUUGUGUGACAUAGAAAGCAUUGAUGACUUCAAUACUUUCAAGAUCUUCCCAAAAAUACAGAAACUGCAAGAACGUGAUUACUUCAGAUAUUACAAGGUCAACCUGAAGAGACCAUGCCCAUUUUGGGCUGAUGAUGGCCAUUGUUCUAUCAAAGAUUGUCAUGUAGAGCCUUGUCCUGAGAGCAAAAUACCAGUUGGCAUUAAGGCUGGGAGCUCUAAUAAGUAUUCAAAAGCAGCAAAUAAUUCCAAAGAAUUGGAAGACUGCGAGCAAGCUAACAAACUGGGAGCAGUUAACAGUACCUUAAGUAACCAAAGUAAGGAGGCUUUCAUUGACUGGGCAAGAUACGAUGAUUCACAGGAUCAUUUUUGUGAACUUGAUGAUGAGAGAUCUCCAGAUGCACAGUAUGUGGAUUUGCUUCUGAAUCCAGAACGUUACACUGGAUACAAGGGGCCCUCUGCUUGGAGAGUGUGGAACAGCAUCUAUGAAGAAAACUGCUUCAAGCCUCGAUCUGUUUACCGUCCAUUAAAUCCACUGGCGCCUAGUAGGGGAGGAGAUGAUGGAGAAUCUUUCUACACAUGGCUAGAAGGUCUUUGCCUUGAGAAAAGAGUGUUUUAUAAGCUCAUUUCUGGACUUCAUGCUAGCAUCAACUUGCAUCUGUGUGCAAAUUACCUUCUUGAAGAAACAUGGGGGAAGCCUUGCUGGGGACCAAAUGUGAAGGAGUUUACUCGCCGCUUUGACCCUCUUGAAACAAAAGGAGAAGGACCAAGGAGGCUCAAAAAUUUGUAUUUCCUGUAUUUGAUAGAGUUACGUGCUUUGUCGAAGGUUGCACCAUACUUUGAGCGUUCAGUUGUUGACCUUUACACUGGAAAUGGCCAUGAGGAUGCUGAAUCUAAAGCUCUCUUACUGGAUAUCUUCAGGGACACCAAGUCCUUCCAUAUGCACUUUGAUGAAAAGUCCAUGUUUGCUGGAGAUAAAAAAGGAGCCAAGUCAUUAAAGGAAGAAUUCAGAUUGCAUUUCAAGAACAUAUCCCGCAUAAUGGAUUGUGUUGGAUGUGACAAAUGCAGGCUGUGGGGCAAACUACAGACUCAAGGCUUAGGAACUGCUCUGAAAAUCUUGUUUUCUGAGAAGGAAAUACAAAGCCUUCCUGAGAAUAGCCCAUCAAAAGGUUUUCAGCUCACACGUCAAGAAAUAGUUGCUCUUGUAAAUGCCUUUGGAAGGCUUUCCACAAGUAUAAAAGAGCUGCAGAAUUUUAAAGUUUUACUACAACAAACGAGGUAAUGAAGGCCUUUGCACAACUCACUAGUGAAGACCAUUUACAUGACUGCAUUGAGCAGGAGGAGCUAAUCCUUACAGGACUCACAUGAACUGAGAAAAGUAAAAUCGAAUACCAACUUGAAUAUUUAUGUUUAAGCUACGAAUGGUUAUUAAUUAGAGGAGAUAUUUAUGAAUGAAAUAUUAUAGUUUUUAAAUGUGUAAAUUAUGCUGAUCUGUUUAUUUUUAAGUUCUCUGCUCACAGUCUGUUGUACUGAAACUUCAUAAAUGUUCUUAUUUCCUUGCCUUUCUGAGACAGUUGUUUUAUAUGAAAACAUAUGUACCUCUCCCCUGACGUGGCCGGUUCUGAGGGAGGGUGUUCGCCUCUCCCCAGUACUGAGCUUCAGUAUAUUCUGGGGAUGGGGUUAUGCUGAUUCUGGCUGUCUGAAAGAAGAAAAGAGGGGAGAAAAACAAUAAAAUCAAAAAGGAAGUGGGGCUCCUGUUGAGUUCUGCCUUCUCACUGUAAUAGGAAAGUUAUUUAAUGGAAAUUGAGCAGAGAUUGCAUUUCAUAACGGGCUCUAUUGCAUUGUGCUAAUAGCAAUGUUUUUUUUCCUUUCAUGCUGCUUUUCACAAUUUCCUUUUUCCUUUAAAACACCUGCCUUGUCUCUGGUUCAGCACAGCUCAAAGUGACUUUUCUGCAGCCCCCUGGCUACCUGCAUUUGCUUGGGGGCGCAGUGGUCCAGCGGGGGGGUGGUUAGUGGAGCACUGCUGGCUGGAAAGCCUCAGUCAAUCAAAUUCGCAUCCACCACAUUUUAUUUUCUAGUUUGUAAUCACAGGUUCAGUUUCCAGAAAUGGUCUUUUUGAUGUCUGAAAUGUUAAAAUAGCACAUUUCAGUCUUUGAGCUAUGGAAAUAUAUUUGCUCUUUAUGGGUUGUGUUUUAGUGCUGUGCUUACAAGGUCAGUGCAAAAAGUAACAACUUGUGUUUUUGUAGUGACUUUUAAAAAAAGAUCCUUUUUAAAAUUCAUUCACACUGACAUUUACCACCGCAUACUCUAUCUAUGCAAUCCCUAACUGUCUUCUUUAAAAGGACAUUCAGUGUAAAAAAACGGGUAUGUUAAUAACAUUCAUAAAAUAAGAAAUUACUCAUGUAUCAUUGUCCACAGAUGUCAGUGGUAACUUACCAUUGUCCAAACCAGAAUCCAGAAACUGAUUAGUAGCAACCAAAUGUUGGUUUAAUUUGAAAGGAAGUAAUAAAUUGUUUUAAACCAGCAUGUUUCAAAGUGAAGUUAGGAAUGUGGGAAGUGCUGGUACAGCGUAGAUGCAUCUCCUGUUUUUAAAACACAAAAUAAAGUGCUCUUAAACUUUUUUCACCCUA